CGCAUCUGAAGGCAGUCCUCGGUUUGGUGGAGGGCUGGCUGCUGCUUGCUGUAUCUGAAAGGAAACGAAGUGAGAGUGGGGUCACGUUUGAAAAGAUGUGGGGUUCUGUUGUUAUUGUUUUUUCCUGGCAAAUAACGUUAAAUCUGUAGAAGCGUGCGGUGUUGGGUGUGUGUCUAAAAGUGACGGGAGUCUGUGAAAUCUGUGGAAAAACCUGUCUGAAACAGUCUCUUCUCUGCAAAGAGUGAUGCAUCCUCCUAGCCGGUUUGUAAAUCUUGUUAAUAUCCUUUUUGUCACUUUAUCAGCCUUAUCGGCAGCACCAGCCUGCAGGUACCGUAUUGCUCUAUGCAAUAAGAGCCCCCUUUAUAAGGGGGCCAACUGGAUUCAGCUGAUGCUUUUGGGUCAGCAUUUCUUUCCCAUUUGCUUUGUCCCCCUGAGCUCUUACUGGCUCGCCCCCCUUUCCAUUUUGGAGCUGGGUGCCCAUGCUGUACCCAGAGAAGGUGAAAGUGUGGCUGAAGUGCACCUGGUUCUGACCAUUGUGCAGGUGCAAAGUUGUCUGUAGCCAUGGUGUUGUGCCUGCAUGGUGGGAGCAUGGCAGGAUCGGGCGGUGUGUUUUGCUUUGGUGCUGUUGGUUUGGGGAUGGGAAGUACAUGUGCCCUCGGAGACCCUUGGAGGAAUCUUGGUUUGGUUGGUUUGCAAGCACCUGCUUGCUGGCUGGGAGCUGGUGCCCUGAGGUUGGCGAUGCACGGAAGAACCCCAGAGCGACACGGGGUGCUUCUGUGGCAGGGCACUCGCAGCAGCCAGCUGCAGUUUUCCUGGUCCAGUUUGCGUUUUCUGAUCUUCUCUUCCUUAAUCCACUGAGCUCUGUGGGAGUCGUCGUCUGAAGUAUCUCCAAAGUUGUUAGCUGCAGGUAGCUACUGGCUGAGCACAAUCAGAUCUGGCCGUGCAGGGAGGGGGCACAGGAAUGCAGGAAUGUCUUGCUCCUGGGGCAUUUCCUCCUGGGGAAGGAAGAUGGGAAGGCAUCCUUGUCUGUAACUCGGUGACCUUAAAAGCAACUGCAAAAUGAACAGUGCAGGACGACAGUGCAGAAGACGCAGCGGGCUCUUGCUCUGAGCCUCCAGGGUUUGAAGAUGUCUGCGUGCAGUGACUUUGUGGAACACGUGUGGAAGCCUGGCUCCUGUAAAAACUGCUUCAACCCAAAGAGUUCCCAUCGACUGCAAACAUCCCCAGAAGUGGGAGCUUGCGGUGUGCUCCCGAAUGGAGGUAGGAGCAAGCCCGAGAGCCCAGCAUUGGAAGACGAAGGCGUAAAUACCUCCGUGUUCUCCAAGCCAACCAUUGCUGUGAAGCCAACUAUGAUCAACUCAGAUGUUUCUGACACGUGGGCAGAUGUGAAUAUGAAUGCAGAUCUGUCACAGGUCGGCUGGGGAAUGGUUUCCGGUAAACACCUCCUUCUGAAAUCAGGAGACUCACAGCGGAUCUGCCUCGAUGGGUUUGGAGCCAGCAGUGUGAGAAAGCCCUUCCUGCAUAGCCCACCACGUGACUGCCUGUCCUGCUGCACACCCAGCUAUUCCAUGGUGGGCCUGCGCAGCCUGGAGAGCCACGUGGAGAGGAACGUCUCCAUCCACAGCCUGGUGCUGGUGGGUGAGGUGGGCAAGCAGGAGGAAAGAGCCAAGGAGAAGUCUGCACUGCCACAUCGGCCCCUCUGCCCUACUCUGGGGGACAGAGGAGUUGUGAGCUCUGGUAGAAACACUUCACCCUCAGAGGGUGACUGCAGCCACCUCUCCUCCGGCGUUGAAGGAGAGGGGGGAGAGUACUGUUCCAUUGCAGAGUCCCACAGAGAAAGCCCAGCUCCCCGUGGCUGGAGGCAGAGGGAUGCUGUGGAGCUCUCCAGGCCGAGUGGCAGGGCUGUGAAGUUCAGUGAGGAGGAGCGCAAGGCUGUGAAUGUGGCCUUCUGCAUAGCGAAGGAGCGGAGCGAUCCGCUCCCCUACACCCUGUGUGCAGAGAGUAAAAAGCCGACCCAUCAGUUAGAUACUACUGCCCUCCCUGAGGGCAGCAGCAAGAUGGCUGCCUCUGUUCCAUGCCGGGAGAAGGAUGACUUGCCUCUCCCCAGAGACCUGGAUGGAGGCCCCAGGUCUGAGGGGCUGAACGCUCCCCAGCAGGCCUUGGUGGAGCCGCAGUGUGCCCGGCUCACCGAGCCAGCCCAUGGGGAUCCCAUCUAUGCUGAGAGCACCAAGAGGAAGAAAGCCCAGCUGAAGGGAGUUGGUGGAUGUGUGGAUGUGGAGAAGCUGGCUGGUGGCAAGGAGCAGGCCGAUGGCAUGUGGAGGGAUGGGAGCUGGCUGCUGGGUGCUGAGAAAGAGCACCACGACUCCACAGCCCAAGUGGCAGCAAAGAUAACGAUUAUGGCCGCGCACACUGAGGAUGACCACAAGACAAUAUUCCUCAGCAGCCCUGAUUCUGCUGUGGGAGUUCAGUGGCCGUGCAUCAGCCCUGCUUCCCACCCUGAUUUUGGGACUUCAUCACCCAGUGUUGAGCCUGGAGAGAUUUUUCAAGCAUCUGGAAGUGAAAAUGGCCCAAGGUUUCACUUGGCAGCUCCUACCAAAAAUGCGGUUAUGGAGAGCCCUGCCAUCCCCCCAAAGAUGUCCAAAAACAACCAGCAGGGCAGCGAGGGGAGCCAUGUACCCCCAGUCAGUUCCUCUGUGACGAAGCUUGGUGACACCAGUAGCCUGGAUGGAGCUGGGGCUCAGUUCCUGCCAAGGAGCUGUGCUGAUACAGGUACCUUCAGGACAUCUCCUUCGCCGUGCACUCAUGUAAAUGGGAUUUCCAUGGAAGACUCCAGCAGAGGCCUGGCAGGCUCACCCUAUGACAAGAGGCAGAAAUACUACACCCCUACAUGGGCCAAGCAGUGCCGGAUAGAGGAAGAGGAGGAGGAAGAAGAAGAGGAAGAUCAGGAGCUCUCAACUCACCAAUGGGCAGUGGGAGCUGAAAAUGGAAGAGCUGGUGCUGACCUUGUGGAAGACUGUCCAGUGCUGGAGAGUCAGGCUGGGAUCAGCAAGUCAUUAUCUUUCUCCUUUGACAUCCCUAAGGACAAGAGCAAUGGGAUGGAGUUUGCACCACCACCACCACCACCAAAAAAGCAGUCCAGGCACGCUCCGAAAAUGAACACAAAUAACGCUGAGUUGGAGAGGGCCAGCAACAGCUCUGCUGAGAGCCUGAGCCCACCUUUCAGGAGCGUCCACGUCACCUUCACAGCUGGCUCCUCCGACAGCCUCGACUCUGACACUCAGACUGGAAGCGAUGGCAGGCACUCGUCUGAGCCAAACCACUCACCCCCUCCAGCUGAGAGCCUGGCAUUUCCCCCUGUCCCCUUCCCUCCUGCCUCCGGUGAUGACAGUCUCUCCUCUGUCUCAAGCCGCCCGCCUCCUCUGCCUCAGAAGAAGACAGUGAGCAGGACAGUGUCCUCCCCAGAUGGCUUUUUUGGGGGACAGGGAUCUUCAGGCAGAGCAGCUGGCACUGCUUGCCCCAGGCUGAACGUCAGCCAUUCUGAGAGCAAUGUCUGCCUCCGCGAGGAGUCUCCUUUCCUUCACCCAGCCAGCUUCAGAGGUCACCCCAGCAUCUUCUCCUCCUCAGAAUCCCUGGAGAAAGGCUCCAAAGGAAAUGGCUACUGGGGCUCAGCCACCAGCAAGAGCACAGGGACCUGUGUCCCCAGCAGAAACCUCCAGUCCCGUUCUUCUUCGCAGCUCAGCAUGUCCAGCCAGGUAUCAUCAGGUUCCAGCCUCCAGCUCCACAAUCUCCUGAGCAAUAUUGACAGCAAGGAGGGGGUGUAUGCCAAGCUGGGGGCCCUCUAUGCUGAGUCCUUGCGCCGCCUGGUCGCCAAGUGUGAGGAUUGCUUUAUGAGGGAGCAGAAGAAUGAGCUGCACUUUAGUGAGAACAACUGGUCGCUCUUCAAGCUGGCUUGCAACAAGCCCUGCUGUGACUCGGGGGAUGCAAUCUAUUACUGUGCCACCUGCUCCAAGGACCCUUCCACCACCUACGCUGUGAAGAUAUGCAAAACCCAAGAGUCCAAGGUGUCUGCUUCAUACUGCAGCCCUCCAGUGCCGGUCCAUUUCAACAUACAGCAGGACUGUGGGCAUUUUGUGGCCUCUGUCCCCUCCAGCAUGCUGCUGGCUUCUGAUGUGGGGAAGAGCAUGUCCGGGGAUGGCCUCCGUCCCUCCCACACCACCAGUGAGCAUGACUGUGUGGUGGUCAUCACCCGUGAGGUGCCAAGCCAGACCACCGCCGACUUUGUGAGGGACUCGGUGACGCUGCACCAAGCCAAGCCUGAGAUGUACGAACGUCGGGUUUGCUUCUUGCUCCUCCAGCUCUGCAAUGGCCUGGAGCAUCUCAAAGAGCAUGGCAUCAUCCAUCGGGACCUGUGCCUGGAGAACCUUCUGCUUGUCCCCUGCAAGCCCCUCAUGAGCUGUGCGAAAGCCAAAGAUGAUAGAAACUUGCCCCGCCUCAUCAUCAGCAAUUUCUUGAAAGCUAAACAGAAGCCAGGAUCUGGAGACUCCAAACUGAAGAAGAGCCAAGCCCGGCUGGCCCCAGAGAUUGUGUCAGCUUCUCAGUACAAGAAGUUUGAUGAGUUUCAGACUGGAAUUCUCAUCUACGAGCUCCUGCACCAGCCCAACCCCUUUGAGGAGAAGGUGCACCUCAAGGAGCAGGAGUACAGCCCUGAGGACCUCCCUUCGCUGCCCAGCUUGUCCAUCUACUCCCGGGGGCUCCAGCAGCUGGCCCACCUGCUUCUGGAGGCAGAUCCCAUCAAGCGUGUGCGGAUCACCGAGGCCAAGAGGAUGCUGCAGUGCUUGCUGUGGGGGCCACGGAAGGACCUGACUGAACAGCCCCUCAGCCACGAGGAAGCCCUCCACCAGGUGCUUCAGAACUGGGUGGACAUGAAGCGUGCCCUACUGAUGAUGAAGUUUGCGGAGAGGGCUGUGGACACGGAGCGGAGUGUGGAGCUGGAGGACUGGCUGUGCUGCCAGUACUUGGCUUCUGCUGAGCCCGUCUCCCUCUCACACACGUUAAAACUGCUGCAGCUGCUCUGACCUUGGACGUGACUCAGAAGUGGCUGAGGGCUCCUGAUUGCCUUGCACUGAAAGGUACACAGCCCCAUUAAAAUGUGAGAGACUUGAAUCUCAGCUGUGAACAUGUGUGCAUCUCCUGGCCUGAGCUCUGAUCAAUGUAAGACAUGGUUACUACCUGAGCACUAAUCUGUGAGCAGGCAAAGCUGGGAGCCUACUCCUCUAAAGGAUUAUUAUUUUUUUUUUUUUUUGGUAUGGUAAGUCUGUGGACUAAUAAACUCCUGCCUGUGUGUGCAUGUUUCUCAUCAACAACAUGUACUUGAGUUCAUUUCUGCACCUGUGGGAUGAUCCUUUAGUCCCUAUUCUGCUCACCAGAGUGGGCAGGCUGGCUUAUUCUCCUUGGGAGCAAGAACAGUACUGUAUAACUCUCCUUUGUGAGGAAGAACCACAAGGGGCUUUCAAAUUCAUGUCUGUUUUGACAUCCGUUUUGUUUCUCACUUUUACAACAAAAAUCAGUGCUUGCUUCCGUGUAUAAGCUGUGUUUUCUGCUGUGAGAAACCCAUUAUCACCUGCCUAUUACCUUCUCUAGUGCUAAUACAGCAUUGCCUUCCUGUCUUGAACUGCAGCCUUGUAGCUGCUCAUUUGUGUAAGGAUGAGAGACAGAAUGGGGCUGUUCAGAGAGAUGAUGCUGUGUGCUGGGAAUUACCCCUUGUAAAGCUAAUGAAAUGGGAAAUCCCCAAUCCACCUCCAAGGCCUCAGGGAAGAAAGUCAGGGUCUGGCCACUUUGCUUUCCCCAUUUCUCCAGCACUUUCCCAUCACCAGGUGACUUACCUGUCCCUUGUGUGUAGCAUUUAUUUAACCCUUUAACUGUGAGAUUAGCUGGCCUGGCCCCAGUAGCCUUUGGUCUGGGAGGCCCUUAUUGCUACUGGUGUUUGCAUUACAAAUGUGUAGGGCAGGGUGUACUGUGAAUGUUCUUCCAACAGAUGUGGUGUCAUGGAAGAGAGAGAAGCUGCCUAGCUCCUUCCAGCUCCUUUCCCUCCAUCAAAACGCACAGCAGCCACCUGACUUUGUGGAGAUGCCAUGCUGCUUUUUCAGGAACACUUGGGGGCUACUUUUACUCUCUUCCACUUCAAAAUGAGGCAGAGACAAGCUGCCCUGCUCCUGGGACAGUUCUGCAGUCACUGGCUGAGGGGUAGGUUUGGGGCUCAUGGAGAGAGCCCAGUAUCAGCUCUGCUGAGGGAGGACAUCACCAGCUGAGCUUGAGCUACCCCUAGCUCAGCUGAAAACGAGGAGAAAUUCAUCCUAGCUGAAAAUGAGGAGAAAAGUCUUUCAGCCUCACUUCACCUCCAGCUCUAUCCUGCUCUCUUGUGGGAAUUUUAAUCCCCCAGGAUUUUUGACACAUUUUACACUUUCUGUGAAUCUUCUCCGGGCUUCUCACCUGGAUUUUUUUAAUCUAUUUGGCUGUGGUUGCUGCUGAUGGGAGGGGAUUGUUCCUUGGCUGGGCACCCAUUUGCAAUGAAUUUCCCCCAACCCCCUUAGGGAGGAAGCCGUGCACGUCCCUGCCUGCUGAAAGAAUGCAGGAUGACUCCAACUGUGACUGUCUGGGGGAUUUUUUUAUGCUCCAGCCUUCUUGUGCCUGGCUCUCCCAUGUGCUUCCCUCUAACACGGGCAGCAUGAACUUUCCCAUAUAUGAGAGGCUGACAACAGUCUUGUAAGGUUUUCAGCUAUGUUCUGUUGACAUUGAAUGUUUGGUUUCAUGCUUUCAUAUAAACAAACACUCUUAAACCCA